CCACCACCACCACCACCACCACCUCCACCUCCUCCUCCUCCUCCUCCUCCUCCUUCAAGCUACAGCCGACCGUACUCAAAAAACACCUAUAAACCUCCUCCGUCUCCACCUGUAUCCGGUUAUAGUCGCCCCUAUGCGGGAGGGAGUAGCUAUCAAAAAAGUGCUUCCGGCGGACCUAAAUCAACAGCAGCUGGAAGUCAAACGCCGGAACCAUUCCCUAUCAAAAGCCCUGCAACACCAACGCCACCACCGGCGCCACCGGCGCCACCGGCAACACCAUCACCGACCGAAGCUCAAGUAGCGGAAGGAGUGCGAGAACGAAGCAUUGAAAGUCCAGCUCCAGAGCAGGAGUUAAUUAUGGGUCAUGGUCCACCAGGUUCUUUACCUAGCGGUUCUAUAACAAACGGCGCAUCUGCGCAAGUUACUCCUCCAACUACUUUAGUAAAACCGCGUGGCAUGCCUGGGUUUCAUGUCGAUGCUUGA